CCAUUUCCGGUUCGGGAACGUCACAUCCGGUGUGGUUUGUGUUGCUACGGCGGUGCAGCUUCCUCUCGUUGAUCCUGUAGUGCUUGGCCAGGAUGUCUCAGCGGGAAUGGGGCGUAGUGGAGGACGUGCAGAAGCACUCGGUCCACACUCUAGUGUUCCGAUCUCUGAAGAGGACUCAUGACAUGUUUGUGGCUGACAAUUCUAAAUCUGUCGCUAUAGAUGAAGAAGGUCACAAACUAAAGAUGUCUGUGAAAUUACGGACUGAAUACGGCCCUGUGCUACACAUGCCCACACUUAAAGAAACCCGGGAGAAGGUCCAGCUUGCCAUUGGCGAUUCAUAUGAGCACUAUACUUCUAAUCAAGGCCUUGAUUCUGAAUACAUGAUAACUGGAACACACCCGUAUCCAUCAGGCCCAGGUCUUGCUUUGACAGCUGAUACUCAGAUCCAGAGAAUGCCUAGCGAAUCGGCCGCACAAUCUCUGGCUCUGGCACUUCCACCUUCACAAUCAAGGUUAGAUGCACAACGCACAGCUGCUAGUGUUGGAGAUAUCUACAGACAUGCUGGAAUUCCUGAACGCUCACAGCCCCCAGGCCUAUCAAUGGCUUCCAUGGAAUCUGGUGGAACAAAAAACUCUGCAUUAGCAAAGAAAGCCCCGACCAUGCCAAAACCACAGUGGCACCCACCAUGGAAACUGUACAGAGUUAUCAGUGGUCACUUAGGAUGGGUGAGAUCCAUAGCUGUUGAACCUGGAAACCAAUGGUUUGUCACAGGCUCAGCUGACCGGACAAUUAAGAUCUGGGAUCUGGCAAGCGGUAAAUUAAAGCUGUCCUUGACUGGACACAUAAGCACUGUCCGGGGAGUGAUUGUAAGCAACAGGAGUCCAUAUUUGUUUUCUUGUGGUGAGGACAAGCAGGUGAAAUGCUGGGAUCUGGAAUACAAUAAGGUCAUAAGGCAUUACCACGGUCAUCUGAGUGCAGUGUAUGGUUUAGAUUUGCAUCCAACCAUUGAUGUGCUUGUGACUUGUAGCAGAGACUCAACUGCUCGUAUAUGGGACAUAAGAACAAAAGCUGGGGUUCACACCCUUGUUGGACACACAAAUGCUGUUGCAACAGUAAGGUGUCAGGCAGCAGAACCACAGAUCAUCACAGGAAGCCACGAUACCACCAUUCGGCUUUGGGAUAUGGUGGCUGGAAAGACUCGUGUCACAUUGACAAACCACAAAAAGUCUGUCAGAGCUGUUGUAUUACAUCCACGACAGUACACAUUUGCAUCUGGGUCACCGGAUAAUAUUAAGCAGUGGAAAUUCCCUGAUGGAAACUUUAUCCAGAACCUUUCUGGCCACAAUGCUAUAAUCAACACUUUGGCAGUGAACUCUGAUGGUGUGUUGGUGUCAGGAGCUGAUAAUGGAACAAUGCACUUAUGGGACUGGAGGACGGGUUAUAAUUUCCAAAGAAUUCAUGCUGCUGUCCAGCCAGGCUCUCUAGACAGUGAAUCUGGUAUAUUUGCAUGCACAUUUGACCAGUCCGAGAGCAGAUUGAUCACUGCUGAAGCUGACAAAACUAUCAAAGUCUACAGAGAGGAUGACACUGCGACUGAAGAAACUCAUCCAGUGAACUGGAAACCUGAAAUUAUGAAAAGGAAAAGAUUUUAAUAAACUGCAUCUGUUUUUUUUUUUACGUUUUACUUUUUUUGUUUAUCGCAGUUUGACAAGCAUGGAUUCUGUUUCAAACAUUCAGCAUAAUUUUGGCUGCGGCUUUUGUCUUUCAUCAUUAUAUUAAAAUACAUCCUGUUAUGGCUAUUUGUUCUGUGAUCCCUGGAAGCCGUCACAAUUUUUUUCCAUGAAGAAAACGUGUAAAAGUCCGAGAUGUCCCAACAUAGAAAGAAAUGCUUGUGUCCUCCUUUCUGGAUUUUGAAGAUCUGAGCUCAUUAAAGAGAACUUAUUAACAAAGAAAGCUCUCUAGCAUACAAAGUAAACCAGCUUUGUAACAGUGCUUUUUCGGCAUAUUCAAAUAUUCCUCUAUUGUACAAAAUUCAUACACCAGCAGGUGAAGAGAUUACUUUUUUUAUUUUUCAAAAGAUGAAGACCAAUCUUUGGUUGCUGCCACCCAGAAGUUUUCUCCGUAAAUGUUUUAUAUUUCCCUCUCUAUCCCAAUAAAAUAGAGACAUGAACACAA